GUAUAGUCUUACUAGCUGCCAAAUUAUGAUGACUUCUCUACCAACGCCAACCGUAGUCGUUGCCAAAUACACGGCCGUCACGACGACCUCUCCGGUUGUUUCUUCGUGGCCUAAUAUGUUCCCAAUGACCAAAGGUUCCUUAUUCAAGCUACCGAGACAGUCAAAUGGUAAGAUGAUCUCAUGUAAUGCUAGUUCUGAUAAAGAAAAUGAUCAAAAGCCAAUGAUUGAGUCAUCCUUUGAUCGUCGUGACAUGCUUCUCGGUCUAGGAGGACUUGUUGGCGUUGCGAGCUUGACAUCUGCUCGAUCGGUUGGAGCGGCCCCUCUGGCCGCCCCAGACAUUUCAAAAUGUGGAAAUAACCCACUUAGUGGUUUCACACCCGGGGAGAAUACUCCCCAAGGCGACGACUGUUGUCCGCCAGACUCUCCUCAGAUUUUAGACUUUGAGUUCCCAAAGGAGCAGCCGUUGCGUGUUAGACCGGCUGCUCAUUUGAUGAGUCCAUCUUACAUUGCAAAGUUUCAAGAAGCGGUUAAGCGCAUGAAAGAGCUACCAAAAGACGAUCCUCGUAGCUUCUUUCAACAAGCGCAAGUUCAUUGCGCUUAUUGUAAUGGCUCUUAUACCCAAUCCUCGAGUGGCUUCCCAGACGUCGAAAUCCAAAUCCAUAACUCAUGGAUUUUCUACCCGUUUCAUCGUUGGUACUUGUACUUUUAUGAAAGAAUUCUGGGUAGUUUAAUUGAUGAUCCAACUUUCGGGUUGCCAUUUUGGAACUGGGACACCCCUGCAGGAAUGAGAAUUCCUUCAUACUUCAACGACCCGAAUUCAUCUCUCUUUGAUUCCAAAAGAAAUCAAGAUCAUCUAAAUGCAGUUAUCGAUCUAGGAUACCACGCUUCAAACACCGACACGCCAGAACAAGAUACUGUAAGUAACAAUCUUGCGAUUAUGUAUCGCCAAAUGGUUACUAACGCUACCGACCCAAUUUCAUUUUUUGGGGGUGAGUAUCGUGCGGGUACAGAACCUAUCGAUGGAGGUGGAUCUAUUGAACAAAUACCACACAUACCGAUCCACGUUUGGGUUGGCGACCCACGAGAAACAAAUGGAGAAGACAUGGGUAAUUUAUACUCAUCGGGUCGUGACCCGUUGUUCUAUUGCCACCAUUGUAACGUUGAUCGGAUGUGGUCGCUAUGGAAGAUGUUGGAUGGAAAAAACGUUGACAUCACAGACACUGAUUGGCUCAACACUUCAUUCGUGUUCUACGAUGAGAACAAAAACCUCGUUCGCGUCUAUGUCAAAGAUUGUUUACUUACAAAUAAACUAGGGUACGACUAUCAGAAAGUAGACGUACCCUGGGUGAGCACGAAGCCUGUGCCUCGUGCUCCAAAAUCUGGGAUAGCCAAGAAAAUGACAGGAAAGAUUAAAAACACAAAUGACACCUCUUUCCCUAUUAAACUCGACAAAAUUGUGAAGCUUUUGGUGUCAAGGCCAAAGAAAUCGAGGAGCAAGAAAGAAAAGAAGGAACAUCAAGAGCUUUUGGUGUUAUAUGGGAUUAAGUACGAUAGCCAAAUAUAUGUGAAGUUUGAUGUGUUUGUUAACGAUGAGGAUGACAAUUCUAGCUCGCCAUCACAGACCGAGUAUGCAGGUAGCUUUGCACAGCUACCGCAUAAGCAUAAGGGCAAGUCGAGGAGUAAGACGAGUUUCCGUGCAGGAAUGACAGAGCUGUUGGAUGAGUUACAGGCCGACGACGAUGACAGUGUGUUGGUUACUUUGAUUCCAAGGACCGGUUGCGAUGAUGUUACCAUCGACGGCAUCAAAAUCAUAUAUGUUUGAGUUAUAUAUAUUGCUAAUGAUCAUAUAUUGAUGAAGUUGAAAGACAUUGCCUAGGCUAAGUCAUGUUAAUGUUCUUGAUUGAUCGUUUAUCAUUGUUGCUGUAUUAUUGUUGUCUAUAAGUAUUACGUACGAUGUCCAUUGAGAAUACUAGCCUUUGUUUGGAAAUUGGAACCAAGAGUGUUUUGGAUUUGAAAUGAAGACUUAUUUUCCAUCAA